UGGUGGGGGGGAAGAUGACGGAGUCGGGGCAUCUCUGUGCGUUCAUCACUAAGGUGAAGAGAGGAAGUCUAGCAGACACGGUGGGACACCUGAGACCAGGGGACCAAGUCCUGGAGUGGAAUGGCCGGCCUCUCCAGGGAGCCUCGUUCAACGAAGUCUACAACAUCAUCUUGGACUCCAAAGCCGAGCCGCAGGUGGAGCUGUUGGUCUGCAGAGCGCUCGGAGAGGUUUCCAGAAGUGCAGACUUAUCCCAGCUGGACUCCAGUCCUUUCGACUGUCAGAAAGUGUCUCCGUCUCCCAUCAUCCCCGGCGUUCUGUCCGGGCCGCUGUCUGUAGCUACCAGGCGCCCGCUUGUUCCCCGGAUCCAGAUGAAGCUGUGGUACGAUAAAGUGGGUCAUCAGCUGAUUGUCACGGUCCUCGGAGCCAAAGAACUUCCUGUCCGAGACGACGGCCGGCCCAGAAACCCCUACGUCUACAUCUACUUCCUGCCGGACAGGAGCGAUAAGAGUAAGAGGCGGACAAAGACGGUGAAGAAGUCCCUGGAGCCGCGGUGGAACCAGACCUUCAUGUACUCUCCGGUCCCUCAGAGAGAGUUCAGAGAGCGGAUGCUGGAGCUGACGGUCUGGGACCAGGCCCGGGUGCGGGAGGAGGAAAACCAGUUCCUGGGAGAGGUGCUCGUAGAGAUGGAGUCUGCUCUGCUGGACGAUCAGCCUCACUGGUACAAACUGCAGCUGCAAGACAGCUCCCCCUACCUUCAGAGGAGAGGACUACAGCACACUUGA